UCAACUUUGACAAGCUGGCGACUUCCGCGGCUCUCUCCAUUCCUUUACCUUUCAGACGGGCAGACGUAAAGCUGGUCUUUUUAAACGACCUGCAAAAUAAUCUGCAAAUUUUGUUAGCAUCUCUCAAUUAAAACCGCGUUAAAAUGGUUGUCAAGAAGCCCAGGCCAAAGAAGAAGCCAGUGACCAAGAAGGUGGCUCCAGCCCCAUUGGCCGUUAAGAAGCCAGUUGUCAAGAAGGUUGUCAACCAGCUCUUCGAGAAGCGUCCCAAGAACUUUGGCAUUGGCCAAAAUGUUCAGCCCAAGCGCGAUUUGUCGCGUUUUGUGCGUUGGCCCAAAUACAUUCGCAUCCAGCGCCAGAAGGCUGUGCUGCAGAAGCGUCUGAAGGUGCCACCACCAAUCCAUCAGUUCAGCCAGACACUGGACAAGACCACAGCUGUCAAACUGUUCAAGCUGCUCGAGAAAUACCGUCCAGAGUCGCCUCUGGCCAAGAAGCAGCGCUUGAAGAAGCUGGCUGAGGCCAAGGCCAAGGGCAAGGAAGUCGAGCCCAAGAAGAAGCCCAGCUACGUUUCAGCCGGCACCAACACGGUGACCAAGCUGAUUGAGCAGAAGAAAGCCCAACUGGUUGUCAUCGCUCACGAUGUCGAUCCCCUUGAGCUGGUUCUCUUCUUGCCCGCCCUCUGCCGCAAGAUGGGCGUGCCCUACUGCAUUGUGAAGGGCAAGGCUCGUCUGGGACGCUUGGUGCGUCGCAAGACCUGCACUGCCUUGGCUCUGACCACCGUCGACAACAACGACAAGGCCAACUUCGGCAAGGUGUUGGAGGCUGUCAAGACCAACUUCAAUGAGCGUCACGAGGAGAUCCGUCGUCACUGGGGCGGUGGUAUUCUUGGCUCAAAGAGUUUGGCCCGCAUCGCUAAGCUGGAACGCGCCAAGGCCCGUGAAUUGGCCCAGAAACAGGGUUAAGACACAGUUCAGUUCAGCUGCUACUAUUUUGUAUACCUAAUGCAAAUAAUAUGGACGUUGAUUUCCAUACCAACAACAACAACAACAAAUAAACAUUUAAGUGUACAAUUUUUAA